AUAUAUGCCUAUAUGUAUAUGGCAUCAAAAUAAUACCUUAUGUUAAAGUUGAUAAAAAAUAACUUUCUUUCAGGGUGCGUAUGUGCCUACUAUUUAUAUUCUUUUAAGAAAUAUCCAUGAUAUAUGGAAUGAAAACGGAAACAAUUAUGAAGAAUUAUUAUAAAAUUUCAUUAACGUUUUUUUAAUAUGACGUUCUGCUAUCGCUGACAUCGAAUGUGUUUUCCUGCCCGGUUAAUUUCAUGUCCAUUUAAUAAGAAAGAAAAUUGUUUCAAAGUGGUGAUGGCUAAUCAUUACGAAGUACCCAAUUGGGCUGGGAAGCCACCAGUUGGAUUACAUUUAGAUGUACUGAAGAAUGACAAAUUAAUUCAAAAAUUAAUGGUUGAUGAGAAGAAAUGUUACUUAUUUGGCCGUAAUCAACAAUUAAAUGACUUUUGUAUAGAUCACGCUUCUUGUUCUCGUGUUCAUGCUGCUCUUGUUUAUCAUAAACAUUUAAAUCGUGCAUUUCUUGUUGACUUGGGUAGCACACAUGGAACUUUUAUUGGUAAUCUUCGUUUGGAACAACAUAAACCCACACAAUUACCAAUUGAUAGUACAUUUCAUUUUGGGGCUUCUACACGGUAUUAUAUUAUUAGAGAAAGACCUCAAACUGGCACAAGACCAAUUAUAGAGGAAUUAGAGAAACUAUCAGAAGAUACAGAUGCUGGUGGUUUACUAGGUUUACCUGAAACAGAAACAGAACUUGAUAAUUUAACGGAAUUUAACACUGCACAUAAUAGACGUAUAUCUAUGCUAGGAAUAACAGACGAUGAAAUUCAUAAACCAACUAGAAAACGAAAGAAAAAAGGAAUUACGUUCAAUGAUGAUGAAGAAGUAAUAAAUCCAGAAGACGUUGAUCCAUCAGUCGGAAGAUUUCGUAAUCUUGUACAAACGACAGUCGUUCCCAGUAAAAGAAUGCGUAUGGAAGGAGGUUUAAUAUCCUUAUCAGAGGAUCACAAUCCUUUAAAGCAUCUUCAACCUACAACAACUACACCUCAACUCUAUCAAGAUUUACCACCAGAACAAUUUACUCCAUCGUCGUUAUCUCUUAAUCCAUUUUCUAGUGCACUAUCUUCAUUAUCAUCUCGACUUGGUAUUGCAUUACCAAAUCCAGCUCCUGAGGUAGAGAUGACACCCAAUCAAAUACAAACAGAAACACCACAUGUACCAGAGAUACCAGGACCUACUGAUACACGAACGAUGGAACCAAAAAAGAAAAAAUAUGCCAAAGAAGCUUGGCCUGGAAAAAAACCUAUUCCAACACUUUUGGUGUAAUAAUUAAACUAAGGAAUCUAUUUUUAUCAGAUAGUUUUAUUAUUUGAAAUUUAGGUAUUAAGUUAUAUAAGGAUUUAUGCAUAAAUUGUUCGUAUGAAGGUUCAGGAAAAUAUUUGGUUAAUAGUCAAUAUCAUUAUUAAAUUUAUUUUAACCAUAACUAUAAAACUGUA